AUGAAGAAAAGAAGGGAGCAAAACAAGAUUUCUAGCUAUAUUAUUGAUGAGGGUACAAUUAUUGAUGACUAUAAGCAAGUGGUUAAUCAUUUUGUGGAUCAUUUCAUAGGCUUCAUGGAAAUACCAAGUUCUGCUACUUCUUUUAUCUAUACUGAUUGUAUUAGUUUUGGGAAAGUACUAGACUUGGACAAGCAUAUUACUCUUAUUAAGCCUUUCACUAAAAAAGAUGUUAAGCAAGUGAUUUUUGGAAUUCAUGUGAUCAAAAGUCCGAGUCCAAAUGGGUAUUGGUCAGUUUUUUUCAGGGCUGUGUGGGCUGAAAUUGGAGAUGAAAUAGCUGCUGCAGUUCUGGACUUCUUUGAUACUGGAAGCAUACCAGAAAGUUUGAACAGAACAGUAAUUUCCCUGGUCCCCGAGUUCGAGAAUCCCACUAGUGCAGUGGACUUUUUGUCCCAUUUACUGUUGCGACACUAUUUACAAAUGCAUCUCCAAGAAGCUGUGUUCCAGAUUAUCAAAGGUGGUCCUUUACCUAGUACAUAG